GCGGCGGUGAGGCUAUGUCCGAUCGGAUUGCGUGGGAGCUCUGGAGUAGUGUUCAUAUAGCACGGGCUUGUCGUGGUUGCUUGCACCGGCCAGUCCGCCCUCCCCGACAAACGCAACUCCAUCACCAUGGCGCCUUUCCUUGACGAAAGAACAUCUCACGAGCAAUCGACGCCAUUUGCGCCAUUCGAUGUCGAAGAAGUUCUUCUGCAGCUGAAUAUUGACGAGAAAGUGUCGCUCCUAUCUGGCAAGGACUUCUGGCACACACGCGACAUACCUAGGCUGUCCAUUCCUUCCAUACGACUAUCAGAUGGUCCCAAUGGCAUUCGAGGCACUAAGUUCUUUGGCAGCGUGCCUUCUGCAUGUCUUCCAUGUGGCACAGCCAUAGGCGCCACGUUCGACGCGAAUCUCGUCGUCAAGAUCGGCCAUCUGCUGGGCGACGAGGCUCGAGCAAAGGGAGCACACGUCGUCCUUGGACCCACAGUCAACAUUCAGCGAGGGCCUUUAGGCGGUAGAGGAUUCGAGUCUUACUCCGAGGACCCGUUUCUAUCUGGCAUGCUUGCAGCAAGCUACAUCAAUGGCCUGAGAGACAAGACUGUAGGCGCUGCUAUCAAGCACCUUGUCUGCAAUGAUCAGGAACAUGAGCGGAUGGCAGUCAACACCGUUAUCACUCAACGUGCGUUGAGAGAGAUCUAUCUCCUGCCGUUCAUGCUCGCGACAAAGUUCAGCAACCCAGCAGCAAUCAUGACUGCGUACAACAAAGUCAACGGCCUACACGCUGCGGAGAACAGAAACAUUCUGAAGGAUAUAGUGAGGAACGAAUGGAAGUGGGAUGGACUCUUCGUGAGCGACUGGUUCGGCACCUACAGCACAAGUGAAGCAGUCCAAGCUGGUCUCGAUCUAGAGAUGCCAGGUCCAUCACGAUGGCGGGGGCCUGCACUCGUCCAUGCGGUGUCGGCCAAUAAGGUACUGUCCUCCGAGCUUGACGAGCGGGUACGCGCAGUCUUGCAGCUUGUCAAGAAGUCUGCACAUGCGGGUAUCCCUCAGAACGCUCCGGAGACUCAGUUGAAUCGACCGGCCGACCGACGUCUUCUCCGAAAGGUAGCCGCGGACUCAAUCGUGCUUCUCAAGAAUCAGGACAAUGUUUUACCUUUCUCCCGCGAUCGCAGAGUCGCUGUCAUCGGUCCAAAUGCCAGGGUCGCUACUUACUGUGGUGGCGGCAGCGCAUCACUGAAUGCAUACUACACAACCACGCCACUGGAGGGCAUCGAAUCGCUCGCGACGGGCGGUGUAGAGUUUGCCCAAGGCGCAUAUGGCUUUCAGAUGUUGCCAGAACUCGGAAAGGAGCUCACUGUAGACGGGAAGCCCGGUUUCAAGCUGCGCUUCUUCAAUCACCCGCCGACGAACACGAAGAGGAUCCCGCUUGAAGAACGAACACUGGUCGACUCUAACAUCUUCUUCCUCGACUACGAUCAUCCAGAUCUCGAAGAGAUAUGGUACGCCGAGGCUGAAGGCGUGUUUACUCCAACGGAAUCUGGGACUUAUGACUUCGGCCUUUGCGUGCAAGGGACCGGAUGUCUGUACAUUGACGGCGAGCUCCUCAUUAGGAAUGUUGAGAACCAGAGGCCUGGGCCUAGCUUUUUGGGUUCUGGGACCCUCGAAGAGACAAGCGCAAAGAGUCUUGUAGCGGGUACAUCGUAUCAGAUCACUGUGCAAUGGGGCUGUGCAAAGACAAGCACAAGGAAGACACCUGGGACAGUUGACUUUGGUCACGGUGGGCUGCGUUUUGGUGGUUGUCUACGCAUCGACCCCGAGAAAGCAAUUGAUGCAGCAGUACGCCUCGCGCGUGAUGUUGAUCAAGUGGUCAUCUGUAUCGGACUCGGUCCUGAGUGGGAGUCUGAGGGCGAAGAUCGCGGAUCAAUGGAUCUGCCACCGAAUACAGACAAGCUCGUCGAACGGGUCCUGGACGCCAACCCAAAUACGGCCAUCGUGGUUCAGUCUGGUACACCUGUCGCAAUGCCUUGGAGCGACAAAGCAAAGGCGAUCCUGCAUGCCUGGUACGGUGGUAACGAAGGAGGCAAUGGUAUCGCGGAUGUUCUGUUCGGCUCUGUGAACCCUUCGGGGAAGUUGCCUCUGACUUUCCCUCGUCGUUUGAAGGACAACCCGACAUAUCUCAACUAUCGAUCCGAGGGAGGUCGCGUGUUGUAUGGUGAGGAUGUCUACGUGGGCUAUCGGUUCUACGAGCAGACUGAAGUGGCACCACUCUUCCCAUUUGGACAUGGCUUGUCGUACACGACCUUCUCGCUGUCCGAUUUGAAGCUCGAAAUGAACAUAUGCAGCGACCUGUUGAGCGUGCGCUGCACCGUUACCAACACGGGCUCUAGAGCCGGUGCUGAGGUGGUGCAACUUUACGUAGAGCCUGUCUCGCCACCGAUCCGUCGGCCAUUGAAGGAGUUAAAGGGGUUCGCGAAGCGGCAUAUUGGCCCACGCGAGAGUGUCGACGUGGAAAUCACCAUUGACCUUCUUCGGGAUACAAGCUUUUGGGAGGAGAAGGAGGGACGAUGGUGCAGCUAUGCCGGGACUUACAACAUUGUCGUUGGAACAAGCAGCGCUGGAUGCCACCUCUUGGGUUCAAUCGUAUCACCGAAGACAAGGUAUUGGCUGUUGUAGAAUAACUUCAAGUCUUGUUACACAAAUACUCUUCUACUAACGUACUUCACGGGUAACGUGUUGGAUAAGCGAGUCGGCCACCCUACUACCUUUCUGCACUCCUACACGUGUAUAUCUCAACCACCUUAUAAAGACAACAGAUAGACAUUAAUGGAGUAGAUUAAGC